UAUUUUUUAUUUUUUUUAUAAAUAAAACUGUUCUCUGCGUGCGGACCGAGGCUGAUGUGACGCAGCAUCGGUGGAUAAAUAUUGAGUGUGAAAAAAGCUGUUUUCUUGGGUUAAGGAGAGAAGGAUGCUAUAAUCCAGCCUCCCCCUCCUCGAUUUCACUUUUCAUUACACACACACACACACACACACACCCCUCCUCUCUGGCUCCAGCCUGCCGUCCAGGAGACUCCAUCCAUCCCAACACACUGCGCCGAACGAGCCGCCACACCUCCAGCUUUCACAUAGAAUAAAGGACCGUGUGGUUGUACUCGUAGCGCACGUCCGUCGCGGCUGUAGACAUGUUGGGUCGUGUCUGAUACAUUUGUGUUGCACCUGAUAACGAUGUCAAAACUCUGCACGCUGCGUUGAGAGGCACUGGGAUAAACAGGUGAACUACAGCUAGCACCCACAGGACUGGACCACCAACAACAGUUUAGUUUUUUGCCGUCAGCAUGGCUGUGAACAUGUCGCCAGCCCCCACCAUUUGGUCAGGGGAGGAACAACCGUCGCUGCUGGACCAGGAGGACUCUCUGUCGAGCCAAGCCGCCGUCUCUGAGCCAUGCCCAGCAGUCGGAGGGGAACCACUCAUCCACAGCAGCAGCAGCAGCCCGGUCUGCACACGGCCUCCCCGCAGCAAAUCCAAAGACGAGCUAGUCAUAGUCAUCAACGAGAAGCUGAAGAAUAGUAAUGGGAUCCACCCAUCAUCCGCGGAGAGCACAUCUCCGGUCAUCUGCUCUCCUCCCAGAAGACAACACUCCAUUUCUUACUCCCAUCACAACAAGACCAGGAAGGGGAGCAGGGCGAGCUCCAUCGGCUACACCGCCUUCUCGCCCAGGCCGUCGAUCUCUCGCCACUCCAGCAUCGCCACCAAUCCACCUUUGGACCGGACCAAGGUCAAAGACUACCUCCUCCUAUCUGUGCUGGCCUGCUUCUGCCCCGUCUGGCCCAUCAACAUUGUGGGAUUUGUCUACGCCGUCAUGUCCAAGAAUAGUCUCGAGCAGGGAAACCUGGACGGCGCCGUGCGUCUGGGACGUGUUGCCAAGAUGCUCUCCAUUGUGUCACUAGUAGGAGGGACGGUCAUUAUCAUCGCCUGCAUUGUCAACCUGGCUAUAAAUGUGAAAACCUGAGUUUCAUCCCGGGAUGAAACUGGAUAAGGCAACUGACCGCCUGGGCCGCACCUGCACCACUGUCUUUACCGCCUAGUCAUUACCUGGAUGUGUGACAAAUAUGCACCCGAUAUACAGUGCUUACUUGUAUUUCUGUAAUCUAUAUAAAUCCCUUUUUGCUAAUGGAAGAAAAGAAAAUAUGCAACCAAGAGGAGGGAGGGGGUUGUCUGUUAGAUGGAGCAGGCAGUCUAAUCAGGAGGCAGUCUAAUCAGCCCCAUAGUAUUCUGGUCAACACAUUCUGAACGAUUCUCGAGAAACGCUUCCCAUCCCCCCUCCCCCCUCCCCCCACAGAACGGACUCAGACAAGGUGGACCAGUGAUUGGGGAGACCAGUGGAGGUGGUCACAGAACGUGAAACGGGAAGGAUUGCCUCCCAUCUAGAGAGUCACACGCAACAAAAUGUCUGCCCUCGUCCUUUCCUUCACUGCAGCCAACGACAGGACACAUCAGAGCUUCAGCUAGCUGUUAAAUCCCCUCGGAUACAUGGAGAGGCUCUGAGAUUUGUGGUUGCAUUGAAAUCACUGAGCAGAAAUUCCCCCAAUUCCCUCGCAGAGAAGAAACACUUUGAAUCACAGUAUAUCUUGUUUCUGGUUCUCCUGCCCAUGCAGCUGGUGUCUGAGAGUGAAUAUGGGUGGCACAAGAGGAUGAAAAAGAGGCUUAUCAAGGACUAGCUAUGGGUGCUAAACUGGAAGGGAUUAUGGAAAGUCUCACACAGAAGACACAGUCAUCACGGCAAGGAAAAUGUGUGCCAAAACAUAAAAUGUAGAAGGAAAGUUCCUUGCUUUGUAAAAACACAAAUGAUCACAGCAAUGUUGUAGAGAGGAAAAGUGUUUUUUUGCUCUGCUGCAAUUUUAAUAUCAAUCCGCUGACACCACUGACCACUGUGAGCCGGGGAAGGGUACAUGUCCACACAAAAACAAACACACUGCAGCAAGACAUUCCUUUUACAGUGAAGCUAAUUGUGCCACAUCUAUAACCUGUCUUUUUAUAUUGUUUGUAAAAGAUCAUUUUGAAACAGAACUUCAUAAUGUGACGCUCUUGAAGUGCUCUGUGCUGCAGUUGACAGAUGAUGGUAGCAUUGUAUAUGCAUAUGGAAAUCAAUAUUUGCUUAACAAAUGAAAUAGCUUGUGAUUGCAGUCAAAGUUGAUGGCUAUAGUCUCAGUCUGCGUCCACCAGUCGCCUGGACUGUCAAACAAAACAUUGUGGGUUUUUUUUUGUCCCUUUAAAAAAAUCCCUACAAAAGCAACCAACACCUUAAUUAUGUACCCAUUUUCUUUCACAUUGAGACGCUGUCUUUUGAAUUUGUAAAACACUGGUCCAAACAUGUUUUUUUUAGGUGUGAGAUAUGAUUAGCACUAUGCUGAGAACUACUUUUAAAAUCUGAUUUAAUGUUAUCAUUGUUAUUAUUAUGAUUAUAUAUUUACUAUGUAUCCUUAACUAACCUAAUCUUAAUCUACCUGUGAUUCUCACUGUGAUCUGAAACCACUGGGUUUCAUGGAGAAUGGAUAAAACUCUCCUCAUUUAUAAUACCUUGGAUUUUAAAUCAUGUACAGAAAUCAUGAGCUCACAGAGACAUUUUUCUGUAAAUGAUCCUCGGUUAAAACUUAAUAUGUAAAUUUAAUUGUAAUCAACAAUUGAUGUAUUCUGCAGGUUUAAAUCUCAAUAUUGUGAUAAUUCUAUAGUUGAUAUGAGUUAGCAUUAAGUAGUUAUGGUCUAACAUAGGCACAGAAACUGACAUAAUUGUGCUACCACCAGGCUUCUAUAAUCUUUGUGGUUAUUGGCAUGCUGUGGAUUUUUAUUAAUGUUUGACAAUAGGAAAUGAAAAUUACAAACAUUUGGAAUAUUAUACUUCUGCAGCACAUUCAUAAUAAAGACAAAAUGCAUGU